ACAUCACAAACAUCGCGGCUCUGUUGGAUUAUACACGCGCGGCCUCAGCAUGCAGCAGCCACCGCCGAGAAAGGCGAAAAUUGGCCAGGAUUUGAAGAACAUACAGCAUGACCAGUGGACGAAAUUACAAAGCAAACAUCAAUCCGACUCGGAAUUAUUGGAAGAUGUGAGGGAUUUUGCAAAACAGAGGGCGGCCAUUGAGAAGGUAUACGCGCAGAGUCUACAGAAGUUAUCUACUCACUUUGUACAGAAGAGGACAUUUCCUCCCCCCAGUGAAGGAGCAGAAGAACAGAGAGAUAGAACUGUGCUACAAGUAUGGAAGGCACUGCUGGACGAGACGGAGAAGAUAGGGAGAGUAAGAUUGACAGCCUCAGAAUCAAUCAGUACACAGAUCAUCGAUACCAUCAAGAUACAGAAGAACACAAGAACAAACACACUGAAAAAGUGUGGAGAUCUUACAAAUGCAUGGCAUGAAGAGGUCCAAGCCAGCGUCAGAGAGCUGAUCAAAGCGAGAAAGAACUAUGCUGAUGCAGAGAAGAUAGCACAGGAUGCCAGAGGCAAAGCAGCAGAAGCGGAAAACAGAUUGACCAAAGGUUCGGUCAAGUUCUUCCAGUCACGGUCUUCCCUGGAGAAGACGACAGCAAAGCUGAUGUCCAGGAGAACGACAUGUGACCGAAGGGCAGCGCACAUGAGAAACGAGUACUUACUAUGUCUGGCCGCGGCCAACACACAUCGAAAACGUCUCCACGAAACGGAUGUACCCUUCCUAAUGGAGGCUCUUGAUGGUGACUUCUAUGAGAGGUUACGCAACCAUUUCAGAGUGUUUAGUACCACCGAGAUUGAGAGCAGUACCUAUGUGAAAUCAUGUUUCCAGAUAAUAUCAGAUGAGGCUGAUAUGCUACAGGCUGAGGAAGAUACACAGAAGUUGAAGAGGUGUCACCAGCAGCAGAAGUUUCUGAAGGAGAAUCCUAUCUUUACAGACAUUGUUCAGUAUGUCUAUGAUCCAGUUGAGAAUGAUGAGGUGUCAAACUUAAUCAUGGACAACACUGAGUCCCUGUACCUAGAGAGAGAAGCCAGACGAUGGGCGACCCAGGUGGCUAAGGAAUCCAACCACAUAGAAAGCCUUACCAGGCAGAUGGAAGCAUGCCAACCAUUUAUCAACCAACUCAGGGGGUCUGACAAUUCUUCAGACAGUGGGUUCUCACAGGACAAAGAUCCAGAGGUGAAGCUAGACACCCUGAGGGAGGCCAGGAGGAAAGCAGAGACCAACAAACUCAAAGCAGAGGCCAAACUAGAUGUCAUGAGAAAUGCAGGAAUUGAUGUUGAGGAAUGGCUGAACAGUGCAUAUGAAGCAAUAGCUAAGGAAGCCGAGAUAGAGGCACAAACCAUGCUUCAACAGCAACAUUCUCAACAGGAGCAGCAACAUUCAUUAGUGGAGCAGCAACACUAUGAAGCAAGCCAUGAGGAGUUAGAUGAUGGUGAUGAUGAUCAUCACCCGCAACAUGCACCACAUGUGCGUGAGCUCCAUUCGUAUAGCAUCACAAGUUUUGAUUCGGUAGACGAUUUUGACCAAUCUUAUGAUGACCAGGUCAGUCAGGGUUCCAGUGGACAUUCCAUCAGCAGCAAAAAUCCAUCCAAAUGCACAGCCAUCUUUGAUUACACAGCACAGCGUGAUGAUGAGCUGACCAUCAGACUGCAUGACGUCCUGGAACUGAUUGAGGAAUCAGAAGGAGACGGCUGGCUCAAGGCGAGAAACCAACAUGGAGACAUGGGUUACGUCCCAGAGAACUACAUCGAGGUUGAGAAGCAGCAACGGCUCUCCUUCAGCACCUCACCCAAGGGAGAUGCAGGGGGGCAGCAGCAGCCUGGACAGGUUCUAGGGCACGCCUCUUCCCAAUCCUCCAUGGACUAUGAGGUGCAGGCUGUCAUGGGUAUCCAAGGGAGUGGUGAGGACUCUGGAAGACCUGCAAUUUGCAUGGUGAGAGCUCUUUAUGACUAUGCUGGUAGCUGCCAAGAGGAAUUAUCUUUUGUGGAUGGUACAAUCUUCAAGCUCCUUCGACGGGAUGAGAAUGGAAUCGAUGAUGGUUUCUGGGAAGGUGAACUCAAUGGAAAGAUUGGCGUCUUUCCGUCACUUCUUGUUGAGGAGCUGAACUCGGAGUCCCGGCAGAGUUCGAAUGAUUCCAAGUCCAAAUCUAGGUCCAGGCCCAAGUACAGACCGCACAGAUGUGUGCCCUCUAUCAUAAUAGAUGAUGCCCAUUGUUCGUCCAAUGAUUCUUGGACCUGUUCCUCAGAAGAUAGUUAUGCCGUUAAGCCCUCCUCUAGAUCCUUUUUCUCCAAUCAGCCCCCUCCUCAUUCCCGUCGCCCUCCGCAGCGGACAUCCCCCAGACAUCCUAUCGCUGCUCGAAAGGCCAAUCGGAAUUCAGUUGGGAGGUCUAUAAAAAAAGCCAAGAAAGUAGAAUAUAAGAAAGGUCCCAAAAAGGGAACUCACCGUUACCCUGCUAGCCCAAGCCAAAACCCCAUUCCCAUGCGCAAGAUCCAAGAUCAGAGCAAACGCCCCCCAAAAUUAAUCCCAUCUCGUAAAUCCCCGUCAGCUCCUAAAUGCAAAGAAUGCAUCCAGUCAGCACGAAAGCUACCUCCACUACCUGAGCCAAGACGUGACCCUGUUGAAAUGGGAAGCCACAACAAGUGGUUCCGUAUCCAAUCAACAGACGACACAGUUCUCAAAGCUUCUGGUCUCGUUCCACAUCCCCGUGCCCCACCACAAGUCCAGCAAUUCUCCCAAGGUGCCUUGGACCGGACCAAGAGCCCUUCCCUCAAUACCCUCAAUAGCAACAUGAAUCAAUCUGGUGGUGUUGUCCACUAUGAAGUCUUAGCUGAACAAAUCAACAAGAGCAAGAGCAAGACCCUGACCCGUGCCAAGUCCUGUUGGGAUUGUAAAGAGAGCCAGCCUUGUCGAUGUAGACCCCAGUUACCCCUUCCUUUACACACUUACCAUGACACUGGUCUCCAGAGACCUGAUCAACAUAGACAACCCCCUCAAAGACAAAGACAUAACCAAGCCCCGUGCACUCCAGAUCCACAAAGGCAAGGGCCAUACAGACAAGACCCUCACAGACGAGACCCCCAAAGACGAGACCCGCAAAGACAAGACCCUCACAGACGAGACCCUCACAGACGAGACCCGCAAAGACAAGACCCACAAAGACAAGACCAACGUAGACGAGACCCUCAGAGACAAGACCAACAUAGACGAGACCCUCAGAGACAAGACCAACAUAGACGAGACCCUCAGAGACAAGACCAACAUAGACAAGACCCUCAGAGACAAAACCAACGUAGACGAGACCCUCAGAGACGAGACCCUCAGAGACAAGACCAACGUAGACAAGACCCUCAGAGACAAGACCAACGUAGACAAGACCCACAAAAAGCAGGUCACCACAUACAAGAUUUUCACAAACAAGAACAAAAGAGACAAAAUGAUCACAGACGAGACCCACAAAGACAAGACCUACAAAGACAAGACCCACAUAGACAAGGCCCUCACAGACAAGACCAACAUGUACAAGAACAAAACAUACUUAAUCAUCAUAGGCAAGGUCCAUGCAAAACAGACCCACACAUAGAAGUGAGACUAGACCAGCAGAAACAAAACUCCUAUUGCCAAUUAAAAACAAGACAAGACUUAUACGGAGAAGACCCACACAGACAAGACCCACACAGACAAGAGCCUCAAAGACAAGACCCUCAAAGACAAAACACACACAGUCCAGACCUGCCCAGACAAGACCUGCACAUACAAGAACUAAAGAGACAAAAUCAUCACAGACAAGACCCACAAAGACAAGACCAACAUAGACAAGAACAGCACAGACCUGACCCACACAGAGAAGACCCACACAGACAUCAAACUAGACUAUACCAUCAACUGGAACAAGACCAAUCAAACCAACUGGAACAAGACCAAGCAACAAAAGCAAGAACAAGUCAAGACCAAAGCAGACUAGGCCAGCACAGUCACCCACAUGGACAAGAAGAGCGCAUAAAAGGCCCACAAGGAAAGGACCAAAUUGAGCAAGAUGAAUCCAGGGAUUAUGUAAAUGGACCUGAGGCACUAGGAUCACUCCAACAAGAGAUACAGAAACAAGAGAUACAUAGACAAGGUUCAGAAGUGGACAAGAAACAAGCCUUGAAUGAAUCCAAAUGCAACGGAGGGCCUAAGAAAGAGACUGCAAAACAUGGCAGUAGUACUGAAGACCAGUCAGAAGAAGAUAAGGCUCUUCGUAAGUUAAGGUUCCUCAAUUCGCGAAAGAGUCUGGAGCAAAAAUUCAGCACUCCCGUGCUCAAUCGGGAAACAGAAACAUGUGUUUCUGACCUAAAAGAUAAAGAGACAGAAGAUAACAAUCGCAAUAAAAAAAAUGUACAUGUAAUGUUGGAAACUGACAAAAACAAUAGAGUGGCCAUAUCAAAUAGGCCAGAUGCUGAAGCGACGAUUCAGACAUCAUGUAAACAGAGUAAUGAGGGUGAAUCCUGUAGCCAAGAAAAUGUGACAUCCCUUUCAGGGGUAAUUUCUAAAGAGGUAUCAAAAGGACAAUGUGGCAAAAAGAAAACGACUUUCUCUUUUGCUAACCAAAAGAGGGAAGGAAGAAAGUUGAGCGCUAGCUUUAAUAUUGGAAAAUCUAGUGCACGAAGCUUGCGUGAAGAGAAGAGAGCAACGUCGAUUCCGGAUCUCAGUCUGCUGGAAGGCAUGUACAGCACAAGAAUAGGCCCACCAAUCAGUCCUAGAACAGAAAGUCUUAUCAAGAAGCCUCCACCUCAUGGUAUCCUCAAACAGUCACAGAGCCUGGACUACAGGAAGAUUAAGGGUCCUCCAUAUAGUCUAGACUCCCUCGAGACCAAGUCCAUGUCUAACGGUCCUAAGCGGGAUCACAGCUGUCCUGAGAGGCUUUCGGAUUUCUGCACUGCUGUUGUCGAAGAAGAGGAGGAAGAGGUUAAAGGUCGGCCCCACAUUGAUCAGUAUGCAAGAGUUGCGAGGAAUCGACAGGAAAGGUCAAAGGUUAAGGCACAGGGAUGUAGGCAAGAGACCCAGGAAGCCAUGAAGAGUCCCAUGGGGGUAGAGCGCCGUUCUGCUUCCCUCGAUGAAGCUUGUCAAGAUGAUUUGGAUAGAUCUAGAAACCAGGACCGGAAAUCUAGUUGCCCCACUGCAUCCCUCAUCUUUCAUCAAAGGCAAAAGGAGAGCAUUAGCCCCCCUAACUACCGCAAGGCAAACACUCUCAAUUCCUUAGCUGUAACGAAUAAUAAACGAGUAUCCAGUAGGGUUAUCAGUCCCACCCUAGAGCGUCAUCUGAGAAACCUAAACUCCUUCUGGUCUCAGAAUCGAGCAUCGGUCGUUGUUAACGGUCCCCACGAUCCCUCCUCCACCAUGCCCCCAGUGACUCCCCCGAGGAGAGAAUCCAAGCGAAGCAACUCCCUGUGUGCAGAUUCCUUGUUUGAUGAUGGGAAACAAAGGGCUAUAAGGUCCCGCAGCUGCUCUCCGACAAGAAACAGACAAAGUGUCUUGGCUUUCCCCAUCCAACGGGAUCCCCUGCGCUCCUCCAAUAUCCCCUCUUACCCCACCACUUCCACUACUACCAGUACCCCUACCACACCCACCAGCACUGCUCUAGCUCCCUCUGCUUCCCGCAGUCCUUGCACCAGCCCUCGGAACAGCCCAAGACUCUCCAGGAAACAGGCACGCUAUCCUCACAUCACUUUUUUGCUUGCCUGCCAUGGUCUUAUUUUCUUGAUGCAUCUUGUUGCAACACCUCUUUUGAAAUUGUCUUUUUAAUUCCCUAAAAAAUAAUAAAACAAGACCAUUCCACUCUCCAAGAUUGUUUUCCUAAUUUUAGGAGUAUUAUGAUUAUGAUGCAAUUGCUAUAGAAGAAAUAUUUUAUUUGUCAUUUGUCAUUAUCAACAAUAAAAAAAAUUAUGAACUAAUGACCAUAAAUUGAAGCAUGUACAGCGAUCUCAUACCACUUUCUACAAAUUUAUCCUUAACACAGUUGAUGCAAGUCUGAUUUUGAAUGAAUGUCUUCAUUUUGGUAAACUUGGUUCUCUGUUUUGUGUUGCAUGACUUUGAUCUUCUGUUUGUAUCAUCUUUUGUUCUUAUUCAUCAUCUCAGAUUGAAAGCUAAUAUACAAACCAUAUGAUAUUGAGUGUUCUGAAAACUUGUCUGUCAUUCGUUUUCAUAUGAUAUGGAAUUAUCGAAAGUUGGAUGAACAAUCUGUACUCGGAUUCACCGGCAUUUAGAUUUGGAUUUAUAAGCUUCUUUGGAGAAGGUUCCAUAUCUAAUGCAUGUUGCUUUGCAUGAUGGAGUAGGGGUUGAUGAUAAAACCUUUACAGUAAGAUUGUUUGUGAUACUUGCAUGAAUGACAAGAAAGCUAGGUAGCUUAUUUGGUCAGAUUGGUCAGAUUUAUUGCCUUAUGUCGACAUAUAGGACUACCAAUAUGACACAAGGCCAGUUGUGCAUGCAUGCAAGUAUUGUUAUAUGGCCUCCAGAAGUAUGCUCCACCAACAGAUUUAGACUUGGACGUUUCCAAAGUUUUGACCUUUCAUGACCAUAUCUAUGCCACAUUUUGAUGCGUCAUCCACAUUAUCCAUAUUUACUAAGGAGUUUAGAAUUUUGACCUAAAUUUGCGCCAUGCAUGCACACAAUGGUAUAAAGACUUCACUGUACUACCCAUGGGUUCCCACACCAACCAUGGUCCUUCUUGAACGAUACAAUGCUUUAAUAGAAACCCUUCUCAAUGUGUUUUCAAUC